AUGAGGCUCAUUGGCUGGAAUUGUCAGGGGCUGGGGAGACCCUCGACAAUUCGUGCUCUGAAUAAUCUCCUCAAGGCUGAGAAUCCAGAAAUUCUCUUUAUCAUGGAGACAAAAAGCAAGGAAGCUGUUAUCGAUAAAGUUAGAAGAAGGGGUAAUUUUCAGAACUACAUUACAGUGGACCCUGUAGGGGCUUCAGGAGGUUUGGCGCUUCUGUGGAAGGAAAAUGUGAACUUGUCGGUUAUUGUGGCUGAAACAAACUUUAUUGAUGUGGAGGUAAAUGGUCCACAUGCCCCUCCUUUCUACCUCACCUGUGUCUAUGGAGACCCAGUCCGUCAUAGAAGGAGAGCAGUGUGGGAUAAAAUUACGGCUUUAAACCAUCAUAGAAGCCGCUGGUUAUGUUUUGGGGAUUUUAAUUCCUAUCUUUCUUGGCAUGAGAAAGAGGGGGGUGCUAGGGGUGCCUCCCACGAUGGUGAGAUCUUCAGGGACUUUCUUCACAGCUGUGAAUUCUUCGACCUAGGCUUUAAUGGUUCCAUUUUUACAUGGAAUAAUAAAAGAAAGGGGGAUGCUAAUAUUAGAAUAAGGCUCGACCGAGCCCUUUGCAAUGCGGCCUGGAGACAAUCCUUUGAGGAUACUGCUGUGUUUAUUAAGCCUGCUGUUUGCUCCGACCACUGCCCUAUUAUGGUGGACACUGAAGGAGGAAGGACUAGGGGGAAAAGGCCUUUCAGAUUUGAGUCCAUGUGGACCAUGCAUGAGGAUUGUAAAAAUGUGGCGCAAAAAGCUUGGUCUAUUCCUGUUACGGGACAAGCCUCUAAGCAAACAUUGUUGAAGAUUGCUCAUUGUCAAGAGAUGUUUAGAAAGUGGAAUGUGGAGGUUUUUGGGAAUAUUCACGAGAGCAUUAAGGCUUUGAAAACUGAAUUGGCUCAUGUUCAGGGUUUACUGAGCUCCUUAUACUCUCAAGAGAAAGAAACCGAGCUUCAAAAACUGCUUGACACUCAAUUAGAGAGGGAAGAGGAAAUGUGGCGCCAGAAAUCGAGGGCGGAUUGGCUCAAAGGUCAUAUCCCUAAGGAGUUAAAUAAGACUUUUAUUUGCCUCAUUCCUAAGGUAAAAGCUCCUGAGAGUGCAGACCAAUUCCGGCCUAUUAGCUUGUGCAACAUCGCCUUCAAAGUCAUCACCAAGGUUAUUGCUGACCGCCUGAGUGGGGUCUUGGACCAGUUGAUUUCGCCUUCCCGGUCUGCUUUUGUUCCUGGCAGGUUAAUCUCUGAUAAUAUUAUGGUGGCGCAUGAGUUAUUUCACUACAUUAAGAAGCAGAAAAAAGGGAAAGAGAAAUACCUGGCUCUGAAAUUAGACAUGAGGAAGGCCUAUGACAGGUUGGAAUGGAGUUUCAUUGAAGGUAUGCUUCUUAAGUUGGGUUUCAGUAGAAAUUGGGUGCAACUUGUUAUGACCUGUAUCACUUCAGUUUCUUAUAGUCUUCUUGUUAAUGGGUGUAUUAAGGGGGAUAUUUCCCCAUCUAGGGGAAUCCGCCAGGGGGAUCCAAUCUCGCCUUCCAUUUUUAUUCUCUGUUCUCAAGCGCUUACAGCUAUUAUUAAGAAGGCUGAAAUGGAGGGUAAUCUCAAAGGGGUGAAAGUUCGUCACAGAGGCGAACCCAUCACCCACCUCUUGUUUGCUGACGACUGUUUACUUUUUGCUAAAGUUGACUUACAGGAGGUUAACUCUCUAAAGGACUGCUUGGAUCUCUACUGUAGUGCUACAGGUCAAGCCAUUAAUUUUCAUAAAUCCAGCCUUAUGUUUAGUCCAAAUACUCAUGAAAGAAUAAAGAGAUGGUUUGCUAGAAUUCUUAAGGUGAAGCAUGGCGAUGGACCAUCAAAGUAUUUGGGAUUACCUACACACUUUGGGGUAACCAAAAAAGAGGUCUUUGAUGAUAUCAAGGAAAGGACUCUUAGUAAACUCCAAGGCUGGAAAGGGAAGUUAUUGUCUCAUGUUGGAAAAGAAGUGCUACUUAAAGCAGCAGUAGCUCCUAUGGCUAACUAUGCCAGUUCUCAUUUCAAGCUUCCUUCGUCCUUUCAUGACUCAGUGAAAAAGGCUUCUGCUAGAUUUUUUUGGGGUGACUCUGAUGAGAAGCAGCGAAUUCAUUGGAUGUCUUGGCAGAGGUUGUGUAGACCUAAAUCGAGAGGUGGUUUGGGCUUCAAGGAUUCUAAGCUUCAGAAUCGUGCUUUGCUUGCAAAAGCUGCUUGGAGGUUGUGGUCUUCUCCGGACAGCCAUUGGGCUAAGUUUUUGAAAUCUAUUUACUUUCCUCGUAGUGACUUUCUGGAAGCUAAAGAAGGAAAUCGCCCUUCUUGGGGUUGGAGGAGUCUUCUUGUAGGCCGUGAGGUUCUCCUAGAAGGUCUGAUAUGGAGAGUUGGGGACGGUUCCAAAAUAAAAAUUUGGGAAGAUAGGUGGGUUCCAACCUUACCAGGUGGCAAGCUUCAAUUUCAAAAAUCGGAGGAUUGCAAUUUAUUGUAUGUGGUGGAUCUUAUCGACCAUUCAAAUAGGAGAUGGAACCUUGAUUUAUUACAAGCUGUGUUGCACCCUUCAGAUCUAGCUGCAGUGUCUAAAAUUUCUUUGAGUCACUUUGGUGGAGAAGACAAGAGAUUUUGGGGAGCUUCUAGAGAUGGUCGAUUUUCAGUCAAGUCGGCUUAUAAAAUGCUUGCUAGGAAGGAGGAGGAGAACCUUGCUGCGAGGGCUUCCACGUCUAGAAGCCAUAAAUGGGAUCAUAUCCCUGAUGUAGUUUGGAAUAGAAUCUGGUCUAUUCAAUCCCUUCCUAAAAUCAAAGCUUUGUUGUGGCGCUCUUGUAAUGAAGCUUUGGCUACUGGAGCGGGGCUUCAAGCUCGUCAUGUGAACAUCGAUCCAAGCUGUUCUAAAUGUGGUUUUCAGCCUGAAAAUGGUGACCAUAUUCUCUUCGAUUGUCCCUUUGCUCGAAAUGUUUGGUUCGGUAGUCCUCUUCAAUUCUCUCCUCCUGAAAGGCCGAGCUUGGUGGAUUGGAUUCAUAGCUGGAAUGUUUGGUUCAAGCAGGAUAAAAAGAUGGCUCGAGAAGCUAUCUCUAGGGCUUCUUUCAUUUGUUGGUACCUUUGGCGUGCCCGAAAUGAGCAGGUGUUUAAUGGCAAGACCUGGGAUCCAUCGGAUGUGCUUCAAAUGGCUGACAAAGCUUUCGUGGAGUUUUCUAAUGCUGUCCGAUUUUCAGGGGGUGCUUCAAACUCCUCUUCGGUUGGCUUGGGGAACGAUAGUUCUCAUCGUUGUUCUUUUUGGACUCCCCUACCGAUGGGCUCGGUUAAAGCAAAUUGUGAUGCGGCUUUCACUGCUGAGACGAGUAGGGGAGGACUGGGAAUUAUUUUUAGAGACCAUUCUGGUGCUUUGGUUAAGGCUCGCUCCAUCCCUCUUGUUCUUGGUUCGAUCAUCCAGGGAGAACUGUUGGCAAUUCGUGAUGCUCUACUUCUGGCUUUAGAGCUGGGAUAUGAUAAUCUUGUGGUGGAAUCGGAUAGCUUGGAUGCUAUUCUUUUUGUUGAGGGGUCAAAGUCCCCAGGGUGGGAAGUGGAGGACUUAGUAGUGGACGUGACUACGCUAAGGACUUCUUUUCCCUCUAUUAUCUUCUCUUUUGUUCCUAGGGCUAUGAACUGUGUCUCGGAUGCUCUAGCAAGGAAGGCGCUGUCUAUUGGGUACAUGACAGAUUGGCCAAACUCCAUUCAGUGGCUUCAGGACCUUUGUGUGAUUGAUGCCACUGGUUGUACUCACCCCUCUCAUCAAUAA